ACGCAGGGUUCCACCGACCCACCUCCCAGAAUUACAUCAAAUGUGAAGCAGAACUUGCAAUUUCUUAAAAUUUGGAAGGAAAUUCAAAGGCGGAGCUCUAGUGCUCCGAGGCCUGCUACUAGUUACCGCAGGAAGAAGGUGGAGAAGGAGGAUCUGCCUCCAGAUACCCAGGAGAUUUAUCGUGAUCCAACCUUCACUCUAUAUCACACAAACCACAUUCCAGACACUGUUGUCCCAGUCUUGCUUGUUGAUGGCUACAAUGUAUGUGGCUACUGGAUGAAGCUGAAAAAACACUUCAUGAACGGAAGGCUUGACGUUGCUCGCCAGAAGCUAGUCGACGAACUUAUAGCAUUCAGUGUGCAUAAAGGUUUUUACUGUUUUGUUCUUUUUCACACUUUUAUGUGGGGGGUUGAAGUUUAUCUCCUCAAAAGUAUGGCUGUAGGACUCAGCAUAGUAGCUUGCUUGUUCGUACAUUUUAGAAUUUUCCCACUGCUAUGGAUUGGAGUGAAAAAAUUGGAAUCUACAGACAUUCUCAGGGGAAAUAGGCUAACAUCUUAAACAGCCCUCUCAAGUUGCUAGUUCGCCAUUGGAAGUUGAGCGAUGAUGAUUGAAUAAGCUACUGCAAAACAAUCUUAGGAGACAUGCAUCCGUGUACUGCAGAUGGUGUCCUUUGGUUGUACCGUAAAGUAGAGAGCUUUCUGAAUGAUGAACGUGUUUCUACAAAUUUUGUCACUUAAGAAAUGAUAUUUUCCUUUGUAAUGCUUAUGUUCUUAAUUGGAUAAGAUGUACACUAUAAUCUAUCAAUGCAUUUAGUAAGUUUCCCUCAGUUCUAGUGCUUACAGACUCUUUCAGCUUCCUGAUUCUGUUUAUUAUUUAUUGAUUCCUUACACUUUAUGUUAUUUUGUCAACAAUUACAGAGGUGAAAGUGGUAGUUGUCUUUGAUGCGAUGAUGUCUGGACUGCCUACGCACAAAGAAACUUUUGCAUGUGUUGAUAUAAUAUACUCAGGUGAAACAUGUGCUGACUCGUGGAUCGAAAAGGAGGUUACGGCCUUGAGGGAAGAUGGCUGCCCCAAAGUGUGGGUUGUGACAUCCGACAAUAGUCAGCAACAUGCUGCACAUGGAGCGGGAGCCUUUGUCUGGAGUUGCAAAGCGUUGGUCUCUGAGAUUAAGGCGUCUCAGAAGGAGGUGGAAAGGAUGCUUGAAGAGCAAAGGCCGACCUCUUUCCAGGGAAAACUGUUAAAGCACAACCUUGACUCGGAAGUGGUGGACGCUCUCAAGGUCUUGAGGAACAAGCUGUACGAGGAUGAGCGGAGAAAGUAGUAGAGCUGUACCUACGGCAUGCUGGCAUCUGCUAAAGACGUUACUAAGUUUGGUUCGGACUCACGUUGAAUGGAGCGUUCUCGGCUAACCCUUUUAGAUAAGCGAAAGCUAGCUACUGACUUGGAGUACAUUUGCUUACUGCUAAGUAAGCUGCUGGAUCAGAUGCAGCGAGGAGGCACAUGGGUGGAUGAUGGGCAGCAUUCAGAAUUGGACGAGGACUUUGAUAUACUUGAGAUUGAAAGUGUGCAUGAGCUUUAUGUUAUGUACGUGGGGAAGAGGGUAGUCGAAUUGAUUCAUCAUUGACCAGUUUAGCAGUGUCCAAGUAAGUACAGGUGGUGGAUGACUGGAUGUGUAGCCUUUGGAAGCAGAAGUUGUUGCUGUAUCGACGUCGUGGUUCAUUCAUACAAGUGGUAUAUGGUUAUACGUCUUCUUCAAGGAUCAUAAGAUCACACAAUGUUUGUUAAUGUUAUAUUGUAAAAUUUGGUGCUUCAAGGUCUUUGUGCCCGGAAAUACUCUCAUAUAUAACUGAGGCAUAUAGUUGAGAGCUGCUGUCUUUGUACCCGUAGAAGUUAUAUGAUAUCUUUCUUCUUGAGGAAGAAAAAAAAGGCUUGUCUGUUAGGAUCUUGACUCUUGAGUGUCUCUCAGACUCUCACAACGGGUCUUCACUCAAUGCAACGAGUUUGGGCCAAGAGAUGUGGACUUAAAAGUUUCUAUGUCAUUCAUGAUCUGCAUACGCAUCAAUUUUACGGUAACGAUCAACACAAUUUAGGGUCAGA